UAUUUCGCUUUUUAUUUUAACCAUGUUUUUUAAAUAUGCUAGUUAAACAAGUUUUCACAAUAGGUCUACCCUAAAUCUUACAAAAGCCCCAAGUGAGCGGCUAAAAUUUGCCCAUCAGUUGCACUCUGCCCUCUCUCACCAGCGUCCAAGCAAGUUUACCGCUCUGUCCAAUCACUGUUUAGAACUGGCGCAUCUAUUGAAUAUUAAUAAGCCGCUCCACCAAUCAUAAUAUGGCAGCGCUCGGCAGCAGAGUUCAGUUGCACGUUCUUCUUCAUAACUGUGUCUAUAUCAGCGCGCUGAUGGAGAAGUUGACUUGUUAGUGGUUAGACGUUGUUGUGAACACCAAGGCAAAAUUCUUUAAUACGGACUUAAUGGAUACAAACAAAGGAGAUUUAUGAAGUUAAAAGCGUCGCUGGUGGAUUUACAUACACUAGAUAUUAGAAUGUAGUGAACGGGUGAGAAUCGUCUUUGUCCAAACGUCCAAUUCAGGAUUUACACAUUAAAGUGCAGAAGCUCUGUUAAAUGAAGUGGACAUGGAUCACACUGGUUCUGGACUACAUGCAAUUUACCAUUUGUUCCUUAUAUGCCUCUCAGUUUGCCCUCUGUGCUCUCAGGGAAGUUGGAUGUGGUUGGGCAUCACAUCUUUAGGAGUGCCCGAGAAGAUGGGGUGCUCGCAUUUGCCCCUGUCGCACAAGCAGAAGGAGCUGUGCACGCGCAAACCGCACCUUCUACCGAGCGUUAAAGAGGGCGCGCGCCUGGGCAUCGCUGAGUGCCAAACGCAGUUCAAGCACGAGCGCUGGAACUGCUCGACCCGACGGGACCCGUCCGUGUUCGGCAACGAGCUCAUCAGUGGGACGAAGGAGACAGCGUUUAUCUAUGCAGUUAUGGCUGCUGGACUGGUUCACGCAGUCACUCGCUCUUGCAGUGCGGGAAAUAUGACAGAGUGUUCAUGUGAUACCAGCCUAUUGGGCACCGGUUCGCCCACAGAGGGCUGGCACUGGGGCGGCUGCUCUGAUGACAUCGCCUACGGGACGUGGUUCAGUCGGCGCUUUAUCGACAAUACUGUGAAGAACCUAUCAGCCCGUGGGGAGGAUGCACUGCACACUAUGAACCAGCAUAACAGUGAGGCUGGGAGACAGGCAGUGGCUAAGACAAUGUUGACUGACUGCCGUUGCCAUGGCGUGUCAGGUUCAUGUGCGGUUAAGACAUGUUGGCGCACAAUAGCGGCGUUUGAGCGUGUGGGGGCCUACUUGAAGGAGCGUUACGAGACCAGUGUUCAGGUUGUGGACCGGACCAAACGUAAAGUGAGACGUAAGGACAAAGACCAGCGCCACAUGCCUAUCACCAAAGAAGAGCUAAUCUUUCUUAACAAAUCGCCCAAUUACUGCUUGGAGGACCAACGACUGGGCGUGACGGGGACGAGGGGCCGCAGGUGUAACAGAACUUCAGCCGGGCCGGAUGGCUGUAACCUGCUGUGCUGUGGGCGGGGCUACAACACACAUGUGGUACGACACGUAGAACGCUGCGAGUGUAAGUUCGUAUGGUGCUGUUAUGUUCGGUGUCGACGUUGUGAGACAAUGAAUGACAUGCACACUUGCAAGUAGAGCGACUACGGUUGAAGGUGAGCAAAGAUGAGCUCUCACUAGACAUGAUAAGAGAAAAAACUUUGUGAGAAUGUAGAGCUGUGAUCUUCACACUGUCAAGCAAGCCCCUUAAGGCAGAGAAAAACAAGCAUGUCCAUGGCAACCGAUGAUCCACUCAAUGCGUAACUUUUCCCAUGGGCUACAAAUGGGAAUCAAGCCAUUUUGUAUAUACAUUAUUGACUAUGGAAUAUAACUGGAACAUAAAGGGAACUGAAAUACUGCAUUAUAAGGAACUGCAAAGUGUAAAUAAUAAUAAAUGUUUUGUCUGUAUUGAGAGUGAAGGAAGCAUCCCUUUUCAACAACUGCUAAGUCUCUAAGGCAUUUAACGGCUUGGCUCCUUCAGUUGAGUAUGAAUUAAUGUGAUUGUUAUGAAGCAAUGUAGAAUGUAUGCCAAUAUAUUUUUGAUAUAAUGUUUUAUAUUGCAGGUUCCAAAUGAAAAAACUCCUGAAUAAAUGAACAAAUAAUUCCAACCCAAGUUGCAUUCCCAAAGAUGCAGUUAAAGAAAUUCCAGGUUCAAUAAAAGUUAAGCUCAACUGACAGCAUUUGUGGCAUAUGUUAAAUAAUUAAAAAAUAUUUUUGACUUUUCUUUCAAGAAAUCUGCAAAAAUCUGGGUUACAGUGUGUGACAAUGAGGAGGGCGGGGCCGGGCCGUGAAGACACAUGCCUGGCCCUGAAUCAGGCUAAUCAGCCAGGAGGGGGAUAAAGACAAGCCGGAGGCGCCAUUUCGAGAGAGAGAGAAAGAGAGAGAGAGACACAUGUGGCCGCUAUGCCGAUUGUGUGUCUGUGUGUUUAUGUUUUAAGUUAAUUCAAGUUCAUUUAUGUUAUUAAAACUUACAUUGACUCUUCAGUCAGUUCCCGCCUCCUCCUUACCCAACUUCGUUACACAGUGAGCCACUUACAAUGGAAGUGAAUGGGGCCAAUUUGUUUCAAAAGUUUAGCUACAAGACAUAAACAAUAUGCGUCUUAACAUGAUUUUAGCAUGAUAAAAUUGCUUGCUAACCUUUUCUGUGUAAAGUUGUAUCCAGUUUUACAACAUCGUUGCCAUGACAACACAUCAUAAACUUCGUAAUUAAGCAAAAAAGCAGAUGUAAACAACUUUAGAGCUCAAAUAAUACACAAGUUUUAACAGAAAAAUGUAAUGUAGUUGCUUUUAUAAAAUAAAAAGCUUUACAUUUCUACCUUUAAACCCCAUUCCCUUUCAACCUGAUUGCCCCAUUCCCUUCCAUUGUAAGUGCCUCACUGUAACCUUGAUUUUUGCUCGACUUUUUUUUUUCUUUCUUUCUUUUUAAAGAUAAGGAGGGAUGUUUUCAACAUUAUGCCACAAAUGCUGUUGAUUGAGCUUAACUUGUAUUGAACCCGGAAUAUUCCUUUAACAUAUAUUUUCUAUGAUUGUUGCUUUGUAGUUUCACCAUUUAAAUGUACAUAAUAAAUUAUGAACAAUGGACCUUGGCUUCAAUAUGAGAUUACACAUAUUUUUUGACUUAAAUAAAACAUAAAUAAAAAGGUAAAUA